AUGUUGAGCCCUGCAUGUUCUUUCUGGGACAUCAGUUAUCUUUUAUGUACCUACACCUCCAUCUUCAUCAUUUUCCUAAUUACCUGGAAAAUAAGACGGACUUACCAGGGAUUGAGCUUGGAACCUAAAAAGAGCGACUACCGGCAUCACCGAAAAGUCAGGCAAAGGGCUAGAGAUGCAGCGUCAAGAGCCAGGAGACUUUCCCGAGAAGAAGCUGAGAAGCCAUGGGAGCUGCUCUCUAUCAUGCAAAGCCAAAGCUGGCUCCCCAAGGAGGACAAUGUGCGGCAGCUCCUGUGUGUAGAUCCCGGCUGCCAAAUCUGUGAGGUUGCGACUCUAGAGAUUCAGCAGUUGCUGCAGAGUGAGAAAAGCCAGCUCUCCCCUGCUUUGUUGGGACUGCCACAGGGCUCUGCUCGCUCUGCUCACCUGGAGAUGUUGCCCAUGUCUUUUGAACAAAAUAUGGAGCUUCGUUCCAGACACACCAGACAUCUUCCACUGGUGCCUGGCAACCAAACACUAACACAACUAACUGAACACUUAACACAGUUGACCAACACAGUCGGUGUCCAAGAAUACUGGACUGAUCACCUCCAGCUAGACCAACAAUUUCAUCUAGCCAACAUGCCCAUGGUCUCAGAGACUAUGGCUUCUUCAAGGCUCAAGGAACCUAUGGUUUUAAUGAUUAAGGAAAAAAUAAUGCAAAGCAAAACAAAGCUUGACCAGGAAAACCAAGAGCUUCAUCACGUGACAUCCUCUGUGUCUUUACUAUCCCUGGAUCCAAAGAUCACUAACUUGACACACACUAUGUCCUUACGUAUGGACUCAAUGCUGUCUUCCCACCUGCCAUUACUUAGUCCUAAAGUCCGUGGGCUUCUUGAACUACAUGUAAAAAAAUGGAUACAUUUCCAGAAGUGGGGUCUUCCCAGACGUGUGGAGGAGUCCCUGAGGCAACUUAUGCCAGACCCAACAUUAUUUUGUCGAUCUAGAGAAAAUCCAUCUUCCUACAUUCUGAAUAGUAGUUCUAAGGUCACUGAGGACAAAACUGGGAUAAUUUCCCACAAGACCAACAGCUUAUAUUUGGCAGACCAGCCCGUCCAGACCUUCUGGGUUUCCGAAUGGCCUGUUAUAAACCUGAAACAAGGAAGGCCCUGGCACCAAAUCCAUACUUGCUUGCCCACUCAUAAAGCUGAACAUCUAGGGAAUUUUUAUUCACUCCCCAAGGCAAAAGCUAAUGACUCAGGGGACAAUCCUCAGAGUGAAUAUUAUAGCCAGUUAUUCUGUGGCCUUCCAUCUCUUCACAGUGAGUCCUUGGUUGUUACUUCCUUGAGCUCUCAAAGUAUCUGCAAGGAAAAACACAUGUUCAAGCCCUCCACAGAUGCUCAGACAUCAGGGGUACUCUCAGGCCUUUUCUUACCCAAAACACCAUGUGAGUCAGCCCUGCCCUUUUCCCCAACUUCUCCAAAUGGCAAGACUCCUUAUGAGCAUGAAGGAGCACAGAUCACUGUCACGUUCCUGACUCUGGCUGAGUGUGAGGUACUGGAACGCCACCUCCUAGAGAAGCAACUCAAGCUUCAUUGGGGCCUGCCAGCUCUCCUCCUACAAAACCAGUACACCCAGAGCCGAAUGCCGUGGGAAGCACACAGUAAAGCUAAGACAGUAAAAACUUUCUUGGCAAAGAAGCCCAUUUCAGAUUCCACCAGGGAAAUCUUCCCAGAGCAUGCGCGCAGGCUGCUGGAAUUCCACCUCCAGAAGCAGCUGAUUCACCUUCGCUGGGGGCUGCCCCAGAGGAUCCAGCGCUCCAUUCAUAUGCUUUUCUCCUCUGCUGACCAGCAGUCCCUGUCCUGUAUGGACAGCAAGCUACCCAAUGUGAGCAUCUCACAGCCAGAGCAGACAGAGGCCGACGGCUCUGGUGACAUGUUCUCACCCACAGUGGGCAAAGGGUUAAUCCCCUUGCCACACUUGUUUGCCGAGGCAAGGGAAAUGUUGAAAAGCCAUGUUGAUUCCAAAUGUGAACAGAUCCAUGAGGGCAAGGUCCCAGCCCAGGUCUGGAGUUCUUGGGAAUGCAGAAUUCCUGGAAGCUUGGCAACAAUGGCUCCCUUCUCUUGGAUUCCACAAGGCCAAUGCAGAAAGUUACAGGCAGAAAGCAAAAGUGACCUUGACCUACAUCACAAAGUUGUUUCCUGGAAACCAAAGGCCCUCAGCCAGGAGACACAGGCCUUAUCUGGUGCUCUCUUUGAACACUGCAAGAGGCCCCAAGCCCUGUCUGAGGAAACCAUUAAGAAACUGGAGACAACUUUACAUCAUAAGUAUCUGGCCUUCCUGUCAGGCUUGCCUGCCCUUUACUGUGUGGCGCUCUCUAGGCCUGCAUCCCCAGCAGUCACUAGCCAACCUAGACUCAGGGAGAAGAUUCCCAGACGUGUCAAAAGCUCAUCAAAAGCUCUGACUCAAAUUACCCCACUUGAGCCCUGCACUCAGGAAGACAGUGGGGUGUCUGCGGACAUUGCAGAAGAGUUCCGGCAGGGAAUACAGGCAGACGGAAGGACUGAGAAAGUGUCUCCAGAGAACCAGCCUCCCCAAGACAGACUCUACUCACUAAACACACAUAUCUUGGCCAAACUGAAUUUCCACCUGAAAAAAAAGGUCCUAGCGAUGCAGUUUGGGAUUUCUGAAAAGGAGAGGAGAGAGUACAAGGAGACUACAGCCGGCCUAGAGUGCGAAUCCAUCCAGGAAUUUCUCAGGAGUCUACACAUCCCAGACAGCACUCUCCUACAGGAGCAGCCCAUCGCAUGCCCAUCUCCUCCAGCCCCAAAUGCAAAAAGAUCCCACCUUAAAAAACAGGCAGCUCUUGCAGUGAGCCAGGAGCAAAAGCAACUUACUUCCAAAGCAGUGCCCCAGAGGCCUGCACAGCAGGGCUCCAAGCCCUCUCAAUUCCGAAGGGAUAUAACAAAGACACACGUCUGUGUUGACAUGGACACUGGAAGGAAAAAGCACAACCUAGAGAAACCCCAGGCAGUGGGGGACCUUGGAGAGGGGGAUGCAGGACUUGGGCUUUCCCUGCUCAGUCAAACGACACACCAGGAUGGAGAGCAGGAGCCAGAAAGGAAGCCCCUGCACAGACCCCAGGGCUCCUCACAGCAGGGCCAUAACUUUUAUCUUGAGGCUGCCUGUCCACACAGCCUCCAGGAGCCCCCUGAGCUUGAGUUCCCAGAUCCACCUCCAGAAAUCUUUGUGGAGACAGACUCUGAGCAGGACACGGAAGACAGUCAAAGCAAGGAAUAUAUUGUCCUGGAACCUGCAAGGAUUCCUCAAGUCCCCCAGCCUGGAGUCUCCCAGGCUUCCCAGGGCCUUCCUUUCCCAUGCUCACCAAUUCAGAGAAAGCCUUUUCAGGGCCACACUUGUCCAAGUCACUUUUCACCAGGACAUAUGAUGCCAGCCCCUUCUUACACUAAGCCCAACCAUCUUCCAGAGGCUGGCUUGAAAAAUAAGAUGAAAAUCUUUUUUCAUUCUAUUAACCCUAAGAUAAAGAGCAAAACACACUCAGAACCAUCCAUGGUCUCUACACCUGGAAAGGUAGCCAAAACUAGUAAGGAAAAUAUUGAAAGGGGUCUGUCUCGAACCAAGAUCCCCAUCAAGAAAACUAAGUCAGAGGACUCCAGAGGGCCCAAGGCCCAGUCUUCGUCCUCCGAGAAGUCAGUGAUGGCCUCCUUGUUAACUGCUCCCCAUGUUCUAGACAGUAAGCUCCGACCUUGCUCUCGGCAGCUUGGCCCUGUCUCCAUGCUAAGCAACUCCCGCCACUGCCCUCGGCACUGUCCUAGGUUGGCUUAUGCCACUCAACACAGAAACCAACCCUAG